AUGGAGGGUGUAAUGUGGGGUGUUGUACACACGAUGUUUCCAGAUAAAAGCUGCAGCGUUCGAGUCAACCAAGAGGACAACAAAGAUCUGAUUGAUAUCUCCAAAAAACCAUAUGUUAAUAAGGAACUCUUACGACGAGCAUUUGAUCUGACCAAACGUGAACCCAAUGUUGCCAUCAAAUCGAUAACAGAUAAUUGCAAACAGUUGAUGGAAAUGGAACCGCAAAAUAUGUGGGCACGCUAUAUGUACACAUUAUGUUUGAUGGAAACGCAACCAGCCGAAUCUCACGAGGAAAUCUUGUCGAAUCUCGGCAAACUGGCUACGGAGCUUGAUCCUAAGCGGAAGGAGAUCUACAAAAAUUUGGCAUCCCGUCAAAUCCUGAAUAAGGUGUUGCGAUCAGAAGUUGAAGGUGAACCGUUGUUGGAGAAGCUCAUGAAAGGGGAAGAAAGUCAGUUGGCGAUCAGAAAUGCAAAGAUCUCAAGGCUGACUCCAAAUGUUCCUCUUUGUAACUUGAAGUUCCUUUCCCUGGGAUAUUGCCCAGUAAAUGAAGUGGACUGCGUACUGCCAGCACUGAAGUCCAUGUGCUCAUUGGAAAGAUUCCUUUACUGUGAAACUCCUUUGGUGUCGAAAACUAGUGAACUUGGGAAGGAAUUGCCAAAUGUGAGACUCAUUCCUCAUUAUCUUUAA